CUCGCCCUCGCCCUCACCCUCACCCUCGCCGGGUGCUGCAAGUUGAUUGAAUAAAAUUAAGAACAUGGAAUAUAAUAUGGAUGCAGUUGCUUGAGCACCGUUUCUUCCAAAGUGUAUAUUCUGCAGAUUGGUGGCCUGAAUGAUUGAUUGAUAAGCAGCACACAGAAGACUAACAUCAAGAAAACAUUCUGUCUGUUGCAGCUGUGUUUGACAAAACUGGUGCAGAGUCACAUCUUCUGAAAUGCAGUUAAAAAAAAUGAGGGAAAUUUUACCAAGACUGUACGCUGGCCAAGUUAAUGAUAAAAAUAAUUCCUUAACUACAUCCCCAAAGCAAUCUUCUGAGGAUAAAACAAAUCCAUCAAAAGGGGAUGAUGACCAAAACUGCUGUUACCAAGGGACUGAGGCUGAGAACAGUAAGUUGUCACUGAUAAGCUGUAUAAAAUGCAGAAGUGUUCAGAAAAUUUCAAUGCAAGAUACAGAAAAGCAUAAGAAGCUUGGGUGGACUGAAGACAAAAAUUUCAUCUGCAAGAAGUGCAGUCAUAUUACACCACCAGCUUUCCAUUUUGUUCCUGAGGGUGCCAAUGCUGUAGACUUCGAAAAGCGUGAAAAAAAAUCCCCAAGUAAAACCCAGAAAGCAUUUAAAGUUAAAAACUUUUUGCCAGGUAAAUACUACUGUGAUAAAUGUAGAUUUUCAACAAAGGAUCCUUUACAGUAUAAAAAGCAUGUAGGUCAACAUGAAGAAAUUAAAUUUAUUUGUUCCCACUGCAGUUACAUAUCCUACACCAAAGGAGAAUUCCAGAGACACUUGGUGAAACACACUGGAACUUUUCCGUAUCAGUGUGAAUACUGUGAAUACGGUGCUGUUAGACAUGACUAUAUAGUAAAACAUACGAGAAGAGUACAUGAAACACCCACAAAACGGCUGUCAAAUACUAUCAUAAACCACAAGCAAAAGAAGCCAAGUCAAAGCACUUUAUUUGAAAAGCAGAAAUAUGGUAAAAUUCCUUUUCAGAAUGAAUUUUCAAAUUUGUCUUCAAAUAUGGUUUGUGAGAUUCCAGAUAAAGCAACUAAAACAGUCUGUUCAUCUCAUGAUGUAGAAUGUAGUGUAACCACCGUAUCAGUCCAGGAUAAAACAAUAUUGGAGGCAUCUGAAAUAAGCGUAUGUGAGAAUCAAAGUGUGGAAGUUGAGGUUUAUUCUCCAAAAACAGAGCCUUUACAACCUGGGAUGCCUUUAACAGUAAUUGCACCGUCUGAACUUGUAGUUCCUUCUAACUGUUUAGCUCAGAUAGUAGAAAUUAAAAUAGUGAAUGGUGCACAACAGCUGGUUCUUAAACUAAUUCCUAUGAAAGAAGCAAUUUACAAACCUGUGAAUGGUGCUGAAGAGGAACUUGAGAAUCAAGGUAUAGAACGAUCUGCAGAAGGGAAAAAAACAUCUUCUGUGUCUCAAAAUGAGUUACUAACCAUGGAAGUGAAUGUAGACAAAUUAUCUAGUGUUAGUAACCAGCUUAAUUUGGAUAGUACAUAUGACAAGAAUUCUGAAUGUCUUUGUUUUUCUGAUUCUCAACUCUCAGACUGUAACUCUGUAUCUAUACAGAGGGAAGAUGCAUCAAAAUUAUGCUUUCAUUUGGUGAAAGGUAUUGAUGUCCAUUCAGGUGUUAUAGAACUUUGUUCUCCAUCUCUGGUGAUGAAUACUACUGAAAAAAAAAGUGAUCUUAAGUCCUCAAGGUGGGAAGUAGAUGGAAAAAAUGACUUACAUUAUGACUUGUAUUGUUAUGAAGAAGGUGUGGAUAUACCCCCUCCAAAAUAUGCUGCUAUUUCUGAAGAUAAAAGUUCCAAGAACAUUUCAGUAGAGGCUGCUCAGAAGGGCAAAAAUUCUUCUGCAGUCCUUAAACAAAAGGAUACAUUGCCUCUAAAGAGGGAUGACAAAGAAUGUAGGAGUCUGCCAGUCAGCUCUACAGAAACACAUUUAGCCGGUAAGGGUUUUGAUAAAAAAUCUGUUACAUCUUCUGAAGCAGGAAAAAACUUUCAUGUCACUAAAACUCCACCUUGUAAGGACAUGACUUUUGGCUUUAGCAAAGUAAAGAGAGCUGAAAACAUAAGUCAAAAGAACAGUUGUCUUCUGGAAUCAUUAGAACUACAGAAGAUGGAAAAUAAAGGCAGUGCUUUUGAGGGACCUGUUAUUUCAUCUGUGUUUUCUCUUAGCUCUGGGGCUGAAAACGUUCCAGAGGGUGUCAGAUGGGAUGACACAACAUGCAAUAAGAAGUCAGCAACAUUGCUGUGUAGAAAGAUUGCUCAGCUCAUGUCUGCUGCUGAAUCUAACAUGAAAUCCAUGCCUUUGAGAUGUCAAGCUUCUAGUAAAAAGGUGCUUUUCCCUCAAGAAAAUUCAGCAAGCUGUGAGAGAGUUGUUCCUGCUACUGAAGUGGAACAGUGUGCGUCUUUGCCUCAAGUGCAUAGUGGAAAUAGCGUGAUUAGUAGCGAAGAACACAGUAAAGAUCACUUGCUUACAUUUGCAAGAACAUCUAAAAGCAGGGUAACUAAAAACUCCCAUGUUGCUACUCCAGUGUUUAUCCCCAAAGGGACAAUGCUGAGAGUGCUGAAUGCUACUAGCAGUCAAAACUCAAAUGGAAUAGAAGACAGGAGUGAAACAUCAGCUCCUUCUGCGUAUUGCAAUGAAAUGUUUCUGCCUCGCCCGGUUCCUGUCAGUGUUUCUGAGACUCUUAGCAGUCAUUUGCCAUGUUUGCCUAAUCAGAGUGAACUGAAUGCUGAGUCCCGAAGUAUAUCGCUCAGGCAAAGACCGAAGCGAGAGGCAAGUGUUAAAAAUAUUAGCAAACAAACUGGUGUACUAUUUCAGAAAAGCAGUGAUGUGAGUAAGCAAAGCAAACCCUAUUCAAAAAGUCAACUAGGUCCCAAAAAUAAGGCAAAACAAGCAGGCUUCAGGGAACUUCCUAAGAGGAAAACAAGAACUCAGUCGGAAACCAGUUCAAGUUCUGACAUGUCGUAUCUGUUGACAGCAAGACGUCUUAGGCUUGUCCCUCUGAGAAUGAAUCAGUUGAUAAAAUGCCCUCGUCGUAACCAGCCAGUUGUGGUACUAAACCAUCCUGACGUUGACUCGCCAGAGAUAAUUAAUGUCAUGAAGGCUAUCAACAAGUAUAAAGGUCAAGUCCUGAAAGUAGUUCUGUCAGAAAGGACAAGUAGUUGUCUUGGUGUCAAACGUUACCGAAAGCGUCUUACUCUUCAGAAUGUUGAGACAGGAAACCAAGCAAAAAAGCAGAGUAUGCUAAAAAUGAAACUAAAAAAGACCCAUAAAAACAACUACCAGGUGGUGGAAACUUCACCAGCUGAAACACUUCAGUGUCUGUUUAAGUGUUGGUUUUGUGGAAGAGUAUAUAUGGACCAAGAAGAAUGGAUAAGUCAUGGACAGAGGCACUUGAUAGAGGCAACCAAGGGUUGGGAUGUUCUUUCUCUUCCAGCAAAAAAGCAUUAAGUGAGAGACUAGGGGAGGUUUCCCCUCUUAUUUUUAGUGAGUGCCACUAACUUGCUUGGAAAGGAAGAUUGAAAUAACUGCUUUAUUUUGCCAAAAGGUCUCUACUGUUAGCAAAGUGGAAGAAGAAAGCAGAGUUAUAGAGAUACAGAGAAGCCAAUAGUGAGGAUUAAGCACUACUUUGCACUCUCAUGUUUGAAAUUUGUAUUGGCGGUCAACUUAAUCUGUUCCAUAGGAGAAAUUUGAAAAAUAUUUGCUAUGCAAACAUCUUUCUAGUUACCAUUCUCUGUGCUAGGAUACUGCGCUGUAACUGGUUUGUGCUAGGUCUGUAUGGAUUAAAAUCUUAGACGAUGAGAUCUUUGUAAAUUUAACAGGGUUUAGUUUACUUUAUUACAGCAUGGUGUUUCAGAGGUCGAGCAUAUGUGUACUGAAAAGCACCUUUGAUCCUCUGUGGGCAGCAAGUGUAUAUCAUAGGUUUUAGUGGCAAAUUAAGCACCAUGCAUAAAAAGUAAUUCUUAAGUGCAAGUACUCUGUUUCAGUGAAACAAAACACUUCUGCUGACUUCAGAGGAGAUACGAGGGUGUAAAUGAAGAAUCUGUGGGAUCAGAGUUACUCCCACUAGGUCAGAUAGCACUAAAAAGUUUGAUUUUGUUUAGUACUUAGUCGUUACCUAGCCUGUAUUGCGUAGAUGUGAGAGAGCAGAACACUGUCAGCUUUCUGUACCAUCUUUGUUCUGAACAGGCAGAGCUGGCGAUAUUAUCAGGCUUGGAGCAAUAGGAGAGAGAAGCUUUUCUCUAUAUGGUCUUAAGGCUGUUCUGAAAUGUAAGGAAGUAGUAGCCAAACAUAAACCCUUUACCACCAUGUGUGUGUAGCCUGAUAGAAACACAUUUACAGAAUUGGGCAUUUGGUUAGAACUCUAGUCGGUGAGUUAAUGCUUAUUUACAGGGGGAACUUGCUGAAGAUGAAGACUUUGCAAAAUGAAAAACCAUGUUGCGCAGCUUUUACAUUGACAGUGUUGAACCAGAUUUUCAGUGCAAUCUUUCAUCCUUCUUAAGAAUUUAGAUGUUGUUAGAAUAUAUUUUUUGUAGGCCUCAAUUCAUACAAGCAUGUGCCUAGUUACAUAUUUACAUCUAACAUGUAUCUGCUGACUUCAGUGCAGUGUAAACAUUGCUCAGUUGCUUAAACACUUUCCUAAAUCGGGGCCAAAUUUCAAGUUUUUAGUGAAGAAGAGGUAUGGAUGAUACUGAAGUCUAAUGUUUCUGUACAUGAACAAUAGAUGUUUUUCUUCAUCUUGUCAAUUUUAAAUCAUUUUAAAAUCAUAUAGAAUGAACUAUAUUGAAGCACAUAUUUACAAUUAAAAUAACUUCUUACAUUUUUACAGAUAAGAAAAUCAAUACUGACUCUAAUGCUGGAUGUGUGUUGUAUGUUUGAACUGGGACUGCUCUUGAAAAACUGGUAGUUCCUAACUCUUUCACUGUUGGUGCAUUUUUGUAAACAGUUUAAGCUGGGAAUUUUUUUAAUAUACUCCAGCAGAUUAUACAUUGUUUUGAUAAAGUAUAUAUCAUAUCUGCAUUGAAAUGUAAAUAUUUUAAAACUACAUCUAACUGAGGCUUGUUUCACAUUGCUUUCCCAUCAUUUUGCAAUACAGUGUUAAAAUCCUUCAGAUAGUUGGUGCUUUAAGUCACAUCUUUUUCAUCAUGUACACAUGGAAACUUUUUGUAUCAUUUGUAUCACACUAACCUACUCCACAGAACAAACUUCCUUUUGUCUGUUUUGUCAAUAAUAAUGAAAUGACAGUUCUCAUUUUGUAUUCAAAUGGAAUUAUAUUUUUUUAGAUGGGUACACUAGAGGGGUUUUUUUCACUUCAUAUGCUUUGAUGCCAAACCUAACAGUACUAUUUGCAUUUUUGAUUGUGAAAAUAGCUUCCAUUUUAAAAUUCUGGCAUAUCACAUAUAAUAAGUAUUGAAAUUGUUAACAUAAGAAAAAAACAUGGUUAAAAUUCCUCCUUUGUUUUAACUCCUUCAGUCCAGGUUACUGUUUGAAUUAAUUUUGUUUCUGUAGAAGCUACUAAAUAAAUAGUUUUGAAUUUGCUUCGUAAGAGUUGUCACUGGCAAAACUGGAACAUUCCCCAUGAAAGCUGUACUGGGGAGGGACGGAGGAAGUGUUGCUGCUCAGCUUUAUAAACUCUAGGUGGUUUAAGUAUACUAGUAAUGCUUGUCUUUUGUAAGCAAGUUUACUGUUUUAGUAAACAUCUGCAAAGCUUUGUAUAUCACUGCUAUAAUCUGCUAUCUAAAUUGUUAAGCUGUGUUUUUUUCAUGGGUUUAAUUUAGAAAACUUUUUUUUUGUUUUAACAUGAAAACCUUUUGUAAGUGAAAUUGUAUGGUGGCUAUGAAACUCUUAAAGCAGAUUAUGUCAUGCAUCUUUUCCUUUUUAUGAGCUCUGCCAAACUCUACUUAGCAGCUUCUGAUAUGUUGAUUUUCGUUCUUAUUAUUAGAUAAUGUCAUGUCAGAAUAAUGUCCUUCAAGUUUAACAGUCUUAGUGGUUCGAGAGAAAUAAUUAUAAUGAAUGUUCUCACAUUUUGGUGCAGCAUUAAGAAAUAAAAAGGUUGCAAGGAAAUAACAACCAACUGCCAAAUUUUUUUUAGAGCUAGUUUGUGCCACUACAUAUUACAUCAUGAAUUGGGUUGGAAUGUCAUGUUUUGGGCUUCAGUGUUUUUAUUCUUCUUGUUCCUGUUCUGUAAGGAUAAAGUAACUGAGGUUGCUUUCUUGGUAUAUUCCAAUUACCUAGUCAAAUUUCUGAGUGUGCUUAGAAAGGAAGAUAAUGGAUGCUUUGCAGAAAAAUACUCAAGUUUGCCUUUCAUAUUUAUAAUGAAUUUAGUUAAGCCUUCCAUAACUCAAAUUACAUGAAUAAAUAUUACCAUAUUUUU